AUGACAUGCUCCUUUCUUUUCCAGAUAAAGCUAUUGCCAGAAUGUCCCUCGUAUUUGUGUUCGUCUUGCAAAUCGCGCUUGGAUUUUCUGGAUAAGUUGCGCUCGAUGUGGAUUUCAAACAAUGCAAAAAUCGAACGGCUUAAGGCAGAAGUGGAAAACACCCAUUUGACUGGUUCCGAAACAACUGCAGAGCAUUCUGACGGUUACACGAAGCAAAACGAUGGCGUUGGAUCCGUGUGCAUCAAAACUGAGAUUGCCCCAGAAGAUUUGGAAGAGGAUUAUCAAUCGAAGCAAACGGUUUCCAAUUCACAACAGAUAAGUGUUACAUAUGAUUAUAAUCAUCUUGACGACUUGUUUGAGGCAGAGGAAGAAUCGCUGGAGACACUUUUAAAACGUGAACCAAUGGAGGACCAACCGCAGCUUCAGUCACCGGAUGCAGAUCUAAUUCAAGAAGAAUUUUCUAUGGCAGGGAAAACCAUCACGGUUCCUGACGACCCAGCAUUAAUUUCAGAUCACAACAAUUCAAGUAUCAAGAAUGUAGCAGAAAUCUCUACAUUGAAUCAAAUGGAUCCUAAUGGCGAAGAAAAAUCAGUCGGUAGUCGGCAAUCAGUGUCCGUAGUCGGCAAGCAGCGACUGUUGAGUUCAAAUAUGCGACGAAGUUCCCAAAAGGAUACCGCCGCUACAGAGUUCUCAGUGUCUACAAUGCAGAGCCCAAAAGUUACUGGUAAUGUGUCUCGAAACAAGCAUAAACACCAGUGCCCUCAUUGCUCCGCCACGUAUCCAGACACAUUCAAGCUAAAGAUUCACAUUCGGGCUCACACCGGCGAAAAGCCGUUCAUGUGUAAAGUCUGCGGCAAAGCGUUCCUUACGGCAAGCAAACUGUACAUCCACAAGAGAAUUCAUUACAAGGACCGAUAUCAGUGUCCUCAUUGCCCUCGCAAAUUCGCAAUACAAUAUCUUUUUAAGGAGCACAUUCGGACACACACCGGCGAGAAGCCACUAACGUGUAAAGUCUGCAGCAAAACGUUCCAUGCGGCAGGCAGCCUGCGCACCCACAUGUUAAUUCAUGACAAGAACCAACCUCAGUGUCCUCAUUGCCCUCGCAAAUUCGCACGGCAAUCCUAUCUUAAGGAACACAUUCGGACUCACACCGGCGAAAAGCCAUUCAUGUGUAAAGUCUGCAGCAAAACGUUCCAUGCGGCACGCAUCUUGCUCACCCACAU